GCGCAUGCGUGUUGUGGGCAGUGGCAGUGGCAGUAACACGGAAGUGCAGUCACAGAUUGGAGGUUUCUCAGUGCUGCUGUUCACUUGUUUCGACUAAAGUUUUGAGAUGGCCGUGGACUGGAUUGGAUUUGGCUAUGCUCUCGCCAUCGCCUUUGGAGGAUAUAUGGGUUACUCGAGAAAAGGCAGCGUGAUGUCCCUGAUGGCCGGUUUAGUUUUUGGUGGGUUUUCUGCUUAUGGUGCAUUCAACAUCUCUUAUGACCCAAAGGACAUCAAGGUCUCUUUGCUAACUGCUGGAGCCCUUUCGGUCCUGAUGGGAAUGAGAUACAAGAAAUCUGGGAAAAUAUUGCCUGCUGGCAUCAUGUCAGGGCUAAGUUUGUUGAUGGUGUUUCGGCUGUUACUAUCCCUCAUGAUGUGACAGGAGGAAUAACUGGACUGACUCUCUCUCUAUCAAUGGACCAGCCUUGUUUGAAUGAACAGCAUUCCCAGCAUACUAAAACAAGCCUUUUGUUUGGUAUCAUUACUUAACUAACAUGUGACCAGAAAAAAGUCACCAGAUUUAAGAUUAACAACAUACUGUAUAUUAGUGCAGUAAGUCUGCUUUGGUGAUCUUAUAUAAAUAACUGCUUUUUCUUGUGUUAUAUGUGCAUGAAUGUAAAUGUCAUGCUCUAAGAUUAGCAGAUGUACAUGAGCUUAUGUUGGCAGGGGGCUAACUAUUCACUACAACUUCGGUGUUGCUGGCUGCUAAUACUAUCAUGGUUUUAAAUUACAGAAAAAGGGACGCCAAAAUAUGUAUUCUUGAAGACAUGCUAUGUCUUUAACUUCAAAUGAUAUUUACUGUCAAUAAGUUAGUGAUUUUUGUAUUCAUGGAAAAACAAAAUAAACAAAUCCUAAAAUAA